AUGGUUCGAGCAAAGACUAGAAAGCCCAUCAUGUUCUCCAAGGCUGUUCUUCCCGUCCUCGGUGCCCUCGCUGGCACUGUCAUUGCCAACCCUAUCCAGCGGGCUGUCGCGGAGGCUGCUGCCGCCGCACCUCAGAUCGUCUUCUCCCCCGUUGCUCCCGCCCCCGGCAACGGCAAGAACACCGUCUCCAGCGGCAACAAUGACCUGACUCUCCUCCAAGAGGACAGCUUCUACUGGACUCAAGAGGACGAGGGACUCCUCGCCAACAUGACGGUCACGGCCAAGCCCGAGUACCGCCUGCUCAACGAGCACCACUUCGCCGACCUGGUGCGCUCCGUCGACUGCUCCGACGCCCGGCAAGUCACCGUCACCUUCCGCUCGGCCUCGACCGUCGCCGCCCCCCGCCGCUCCUGGGCCUGGGUCGCCGCCGACGCCGCCAACACGCUCGUCUACGUCGUCGACGCGCCCGGCUGCGGCGGCGAGCACGGCCGCCAGCCAUACCACGUCUCCGGCAUCACCUACGACGACGCUGCCGGUCUCGCCCACCUCGCCGUGCAGGCCGUCGGCCAGUGGAGCGACUUUGUCGAGGACGCGGCCGUCAACAUCGGCGGCGGUGACGUGGAGGACAAGCUGGGCCGCCGGGCGAGCUACUCAAAAAAGGCCAAGAUUAGCCUCGAGCACACCUUCAACAAGCACUUUUACGACGCGGACGUCGGCCCGGCGCACAUCUCGGUCGACUGCUCCGACUGCGGCUCGCACGGCAGCCUCGAGACCGACAUCACCAUCUCGACCAAGCACGGCUUCACCGCGUCCGCCGUCACCGCCGACAACGUCAAUGUGCGCCUCGCCGUCGCCGUCACCGCCUCGGCCGCCAUCUCCACGUCGCACCUGUCCGGCAGCAUCCAGAUCGCCAAGUUUCCGCUCGCCGAGUUCAAGGUCGCCGACAUCGUCACCAUCACGCCCGAGAUCACGCUCGACAUCGUCCUCUCCGUCUCCGACAUCAGCGGCAAGGUGACCAGCGUGGUCGGCGCGGAGCUCGACUUCCCGGACGGCCAGUCCAUCGCCAUCGGCAAGGGCUCGACCGGCCUGAACCCCCAGUUCAAGCGCAUCGGCCCGUCCGUGUCGGGCAAGGUAGACGCCACGGCGCGGGUCAACCCGCUGCUGACGCUGGACCUGUCCGGCAAGAUCCUGGGCAAGCACGUCACGGGCGGCCUGGGCCUCGCGGCGCCGUACCUGGCGUUCGCGGUCGGCGCGGACGUCCACGAGCCGAGCGCGUGCUCAAACACCAACUCUGUCCACUUUUCCCUGGACGUCGGCGUGGAGCUCGACUCGUUCUACGGCUUCGGAAAGGCGGGCGAUCAGCCGCACAAGAAGGCCAUCUACCAGAAGGACCACCCCCUUCUGAAGGAGUGUAUUGCUUGGUGA